AUGAUUGAUUUGAGGACACAGGUACUACCACACCAAGCCCGACAAAGAGUUCCUGCUGUUGUCGGUCAACGCUGGAAACAUUGGCAGUUUACAUCUUCGUUUUGUGGCUGCGCAUUUCCAACGGCAGUCUUUGCUGGAGGGCUCUGUAGCCGUUGCGGCUUCACGAGUGUGUCCAAAGCCAUUGCUGCCAUUGCAAAGGAAGAAAAAUGCGAGAUGCGGAAGAAAUCAGAUGGUGAAUGUGGAGUUGAUACGGAUAAUGUCAUUGGUUCGGCGACCGCACCCCCUUGCGCCACCAUCAACACCGCUACGAAGAACGACAAGCCCUUGUAUCUGUCUGUUCUGAGGGGCUCUGAAGAGGAGUUGUGGCACGGAUACGCCCCGGAAUUGGCUCACAGCUCCUACCAGCCACAAGCUCUAGUAGACGAUACAAGUGGUACCAAUACAAACAAGACCAAACCUAUCGCAAUUCCAAAGGCUGUCUACCAAUCUCAACAGUAUGUUGAAGACCGUGUUGCUGCUAUGGAAUUUUUGGCACUCAAGGAGCGCUAUGACCGAGCCACUUGGAGAUUGUAUGGUCUCAUCGCGAAACACCGACAGGAGCGAGGCGUGGUUAUGGGUGAAGUGGAACCACCGAACGACUGUAGUGUCCGUGAGUGCAAGAUGGUGGGAAGCUACCAAGAUGAGUUUGGAGGCACCGAGCUGAACCAAGCUGCACGAGAGCAAGCAGACGUCUAUUGUGACGACGGUAUCUUUGAGCUGGAGUUGUAA